AUGGCUCUCAUACAGACGAGUCUGAUUUGGGUGGCAUACAUUGCCGCGGUUGUCCUUCUCCUUGCCAUUGCCGGCAUCUUCGUCUUCACCUACCAAACCCCCCGAGACCGCGCCGCAUCGGUCACCACCGUGUGCAUCAUAACCACCACCGCCCUUCUUGCUACAGUCCUUCUACUUCCAGUCGAUGUAGCAUUAGUGUCAUCAACCUCUCUCUCGAGCCAGGGCCGUAAAAAGGCCUGGGCGACUCCAGAUCGCGUCGACAGCAUCGUAUACACUCUACGAGUCGUUUACUAUACGCUUUAUUCCCUUGACGCUGUACUCUGCCUGCUUGUCAUUCCGUUCACCUACUUCUGGUACGAAGAAUAUGAUGAAGAUGCUGCGGAGCACGGAGAGCAAACCUUCGGGCAAAGAUUUUGGGGCGCUCUCAAGUACACCGUAUCCUUCAUCUUCUUUGUUAUUAUCAUCUUCCUCGUAGGGUUUUUCGUUCCGUUUGCGAAGCAAGCGAAACGCGAUGACCGUUUAGAUUUGGAUUACUUCAGGCACCUACUACAAGAGAACCACGGAGAGAGAGCCUUGUCCUUUGCCCUUGGCCUCUUGAGUGUGGUCGGUACAUUGAUUUAUAUCCUCUACACCGGCGCCGGGCUCGCGUUGCUUCCCGUUGCGCUCAUCAAAUCUGCUCCUUCCAUCUCAGGGCCCGCCCUGGCCGCGAAUACCGCUUCACAACUCGAGCAGAACAGGGAGCGUCAGCGUCAGCUGGAGGGACGCAAUCUGGGCCGGCAAGGAGGUCUAGAUUCCCGUGAUAGACGCGAACUGGAAGCGCUUAUUCGCGAGGAACGAACUCUGAUCCGACGGGAGCGCCUAGCGGCCGAAUCCACAGGCGAACGCCAUUUCUUGGUCAAGGCUUGGAAUAAGAUUGAAGCUGUAUUCAGGCCUUUGAAACUUCUCGGAGGCCUGAUACUGGUCAUAGUUGCUCUGAUCAUAUUUGCCAGCAUGCUCAUUACUGGAAUCGAUAAGGCAAAGAAUUCGAUCUGCAAGUCGGGGUGUGGAUACAUCCUCGGCCACAUCAAUAUCUUCCAACCUAUCAACUGGAUCCUGGUAACAUCCUCCAAGGUAUUCCCGAUUGACUAUAUUCUCUUCCUCCUCCUCGUUAUGUUCUUCUUUUCCGCUUCCAUUGUCGGGAUCGCUACGGUGGGAAUCCGCUUUCUCUGGGUCACUCUGUUCAAGAUUCGCAAAGGUCGCACGUCCCCUCAAGCUCUCCUCAUGGCCACGGUCAUGCUCACACUCAUCGUGCUGGCUAUCAACUACUCUGUAGCCAUGGUAGUGGCACCGCAAUAUGCCACCUUCGGUCCUCAGACGUUCUGCGAUUUGGAACCUCGCCAUCCUGGAGAGCAACCUGAUUGCAGAGAGCACCGCAGCGCAAUCAAGCCAUGCACUGAGCUUGCUGAGAAUCCCGUUGCUAAGGAAGUUUGUACACCUAGUGUACUCAGCACCUUCAUCAACCGUAUCACCAUCAACUUUCCGUUCUUCGGUAUCAUUCUCUUCUGGGCGCAGUUUGCUUUCUUGGGCGUAUACCUCAUUGUGUUUGUAACUACACUCGUCAAAACUCCCAAGCUGGACCAAGAACAGAUUGACCGUGAUUUGGAGGAAGAUGAAGAGGAGGGCUUGCUGGCUAGCACUGGCAGGAGACUCGGGGCGACGUGGCAAGAUAUCACCGGCCGAGUGCGGAAGACGAGUGAAUACGGUGCGACAAACACUGAGGGCGAACGCAGUUGA